UUCACAUCUCUUGUCCCUGGCAUGAAAUCUGUUGAUGAAGCAUCAGUUCAAUGGCUCCUGAGCGAGCCCAAAAUCGUCAUUUCCACUGCCAAGAUGGGUCGAACCCUCGAAGACUUGGGCAGCCAUGAACGCGAGAAUAGGGAUGGGAAAAUGCCGACAGUGGUGGAUUGCUACAUGAAUGACAAAGGCGUGUCGAAGCAAGAAGCGAUUAGAGAGUUUGUGGAGCUUGUUGAGAAUGGAUGGGAAGAUGUAACUGCGGAGUGGGCAAAGGGAAGUAGCACGGUGCCUAAGGAAAUGGUGGAACUACUCUUAAACUACGGUCGUAUAGCUGAGAUCACUUACAAUAAUAAAGAAGAUGGCUACACUGAUCCUGAGAAGUAUUUGGGGCCAUUGAUUGCAGCUCUUUAUGUGGAUCCUCUUCCUCUACACAUUUGAUUAUACUCAAUUGAGACAUCUUGUUUAUUUAGCUAUAAAUAAGGUUGAUGAGUUACUUGCUCAA